CCAAUCAACCACCAUGCUGCUAUUCGCGUGGAUCACGUGAUUGGAUUACGUAUCAUUAAUAUCAGCGACACACCCUUACGAACUCAGUCAGGACAAAGAACGAUAGAAGGGCGAUUGGACAGUGUCGGAUAUUCAGAUAUUGCCAUCAUAUGCUGACACUCGGCGACACAUUGACACUACGUUUGGACAAAAUCGAACCGAAAUGACGAGAUUACGUAUAAUAGUUUGUUCAAUUUUCUGCGUUUGGAGCUUUGUGGAUGUGAACGCUUUUCUGUUGGAGGAUCCAUCACCAAUUUGCCGGACCAAUCAAGAUGCAGACCCGUUGAUAAACGGAGACAGUCAAAAUGCAGUGCGAAACUUCCUGCGCGCCAUCAACGACAAGGGGUUCUUUGCGGUCAGAGGGGAUACGCAGCAUACUACCGGUGGUUGUAGGCGCGAAAUUGGCGAUAAAAAACAUAGGCGUCUUUAUCACAACAGAAUGUUGACUCUAGAUUGCUGGGAGCCGUCCGAGUGCACUAUGGUAGAGGAUGGAGAGUUCUUUCAACUAAUUCCCACCACUUCUUUGAACAGGAUGCCUGUCCGAUCCCGUACGGUACCCCUUCCUCUAGACGAACACGAGACAGCUUCUUACACGUUCCUACCAAUGGUGUCGCGGCACAAUAUUCUUUUUGUCACCGCCAUGUUGUCAGGAUGAAGCUUCUUCGUCACUAAAUCAAAUAAUCUGGGCUGUAAUCUUGUUGUGAUCCAUACUAACUUCCGUUGCAAUGAUACAACGGCUACCGGGACGGACGUUAACCACCUACAAGCAAUGGCCGUGCUCGAAGAAGUCCAAAGCGCCAAUCCGAGCUGUAGAUAUCAUAUUGACCGAAGAUGGGCAGUUGAUUAUUGGGAGCCUGCCAUAACAGCUGCAAGGUACGACUACGGUCAGAAAAUAUAUUAUUACAGUUUGGAUGACGGCAACUACAGAUUCCUGUAUGGGUUCUAUUUCGGCAAUGGAUGGGAGUUUUGUAUCAAGAUUGCAAGACAAAGUCCCCCGAUACCAACAUGCUUCCAGAUCUGAGAAUCAAUGAAAUCCGAAAAUGUUCGAACCAAAAAUAAUCUUGAAAUAUAUAUGAAGAAAGCCUUUAAACUAAGAAACUUGUGUAAUCUCUAUUAUGGUUAUCCUUAGACAAUCAGAACAUUCGUACAUAACCAUUUUAUGUAGAUUUAUCAUGAAAAUAAGAAUAGACCUCUCUCUUUGUUUGUUUGUAUAUGAAAAUGUACUGUAUUUUUAUACAACUUACAAGUCACUUGACCACUCGUUUGUUUUAUACAUAACAUGUAUGUGCUGUAUACUCAUGGACAAUUGUCUAAUGUAUAAACAUAUGUUUAUUAUGUUAAAAAAGUCAUCUUUUCAUCUUUUAGUAGGAUAUAGUUAUGAUGACCACGAUUAAUUGUUGCAGAUGUUAAACAUCUGCUAUAGUGAAGGGUUGGAAAAAUUGACACUAGUAUAUCGAUAUUUCAUUUUCUUGAAUGUUUCUCUAACUCAGCAGUAAAUAAUAAUGCAAAAUAAUACAAUUGCAUUGAUUAAACAACCUUCAUAUUUGCCUUCUUUUAUUGCAAUCUUCUUUAAGUUGUACAUAGGACACAGGUAUAAUAACGCAAAUAGAACAUAGUGUGUGAAUUGGGUUAAAUAUAAGCCAUUUACCCCACCCCAACACGCCCCGAUCGUUUAGGAAGAACAUUUUAAAGAGAUUUGAGUUGAAUUGGAAAUAAAACAGUUAUUUAAAUAAUCAAGUUAGAAUACAAUCAAACGUUGGUAUGUAUCAUAGAUUAAAACUAUGGUUUGGUAAUCAGACUGUUGUUCUACAAAUUAAGUUAAUGAGUGUCCAUUAUUAUGUCCGUUUGCAUCUAUUUAAUGUCGCAACAUACGAAGCUGUAAUCUAGCGCAUCUUCAUUAAUAAUGCUAAGUUGAACAGUGCUGAAAUAACAGAAUUGAAUGCCAUUGUUUAAAUUGAUAUUCUAAUUUGUUAUGAACCUUUCAGAUUUGCUGACACAAUGUUUGCAGAUUUUCUCGUUUUCUUCGUAGUAUGCAUUUCGCAUUGACUUGACAAGUCCUUUAAGUGUGCAUGUGUCGUCCUCUAUUGUAAUCGACAAUGAUUAACCAGCUACGACUUCCUCAAAUAUAAAUAGCGCUAAUCUUUGUCGUCUGUAACAUUAAAUCACGUUGUUUAAAAUGACAAUGUUUAGAAACAACAGAAUCAUUUGACUUAGAUAUGCAGAUGUCUGUGAUAUUUACAUGCGAAAGCUUGGUAACAAUUCCAAUAGCCAAUUUUUGCUACAUCAUCACAAUUUGUCAAAUAUGUUUUUGAUGUACAGUUUUAACACUACUUUUGUAUUACAUUUGCAUUAGCAACUAUACUGAUCUUAAUAUCUAUUAGCACAAGGGUAAAUGUGGGGAAAAGUUAUUCCGAAAGAUUCAUUUUUUGACUCGAAGGAUAGACAUUAUGGCGCUGUUUGUUAGAAGUACAUAAAUAUCGUUGUUCCAGAAAACUACUUAUCUAAAUGUUUUGCUAAGUGAAUUCACCUCGUAAGCACACGUAUGUUAUUAAAUGUUAUUAGGUAGAUAAUUCAAUAAAGUUCAUGCAUUGCUUUUUACUUGCAAGUUAAAAAAAGGUUUAAACGGAUAAAUAUAUUUCUGGGUCAAGCCA